AUGGAAUAUCUAGUUAAAAAACACCAGUGUCCUGCUAUAGAUGGGCUCCUUAGGCUUCGUGAUAAGCUUCCAUGCCCGGAAGAAAAUGUUAUCGAGGACUUUACGGAGAAGAUGGUCAAAACAAAAGAAUUUUCGUUUCCCUGCCUCUUCGAAAUAGCACAGGAGUAUACAAAUAGAAGUCUGCCAACAGCAGAACGUCUUUGGGAUAAACUAAUUGUAAAGGCUGAGAACACGAAACCGCAAAAAUUCAUGAUUAUGAGCCAGCUUUUUCACGUUCAAGUUCAAACUGGGCCUUGGAAUGUCGCUUUUGAAACAGCGAAGAAAAUGUACGACGAAACAAUGGAGUAUUGCAAGGAUCAAAGGAAGACAAUCGAAGGUAGUAGUACCAAUACUUCUUUCACUUUUCACUGACCAAUUUACUUUAAAGUGGUGACAGGAGCAAACAACUGCGGGUAUAACGGAAGAAUAUCGUGUAGUUUAAAAUAGAAAAACGAGAUAGAAGUUGAGUUUGUUACAAAAGGCUUGGUUACAUGCCUUAGUGUAAAUAACUACAGAUGUUAAACAGAGCUAGUUACUGCCCCGGCUCCGCUUUAGCCGAAACAAAUGACUUUGUCGAAAUAAAUGUACGAUUACAUGAAAAGAAUCUUUAAGAGAACCGGCCAAUCUGAGACGCACAUGCUGUCGGGUGUGUGAACGAACGAAUUCCUUAACUGAGACGUUUUACCGGUACCUCAAAACGUUUUCGCAAGCAGGUAAACGAUAGAAUAACGGAAUCUGGCAAGUAAAAAGAAACAUAAGAAGACAGAGAAAGGGGAAAAAAAGGAAAAAUUCUGUUUCGCCUGUCUCCGCCACGUCAAGCUGCCGUUUUUACGCAUACUAUUACCCUUGUUCUAAAGCGGAGGGUGACGUUUCUGGCUUCAUGAAGUAAAUAAUUGUCAGGUACAUGAAUGACCAAUGAAAGUCAUAUAACUUGCUGAGCUUUUAUUUUUAAUUUAUAGUCUCAAUUAUAGAACUGAAAUACGAAACUCGACUUCCAUUUUCAGUUUUGAACACAUACCAAGCUAUCGAAAACAUACAGAACUUCCGCUUUCGUUUUCUGUUUCUGAGUUCAUACGGCACCUUAUUACAGGCAACAACACGCUCGGGUAAAUAUAUCCUAAUGCCCCAAUUGUUGCUUACUGGAAGGAAAAAUCUCUAAAAUAUUCUCGUUAGAGCUAAAAUUCCUCAAUUCUUCGUUUUCACUGUCACGCAAUAAACACGGCACAAAGAAAUAAAUUGGAAACCGUCCAAUGGAAGAAGGCAAGGAAAUGAAAUUUAUUAAAUACUAAAUACAUAAACAAUUUGUCGAAAUCUCAGGUCUUUGUGGCCCAUAGCCUGCGUAGCUGGCGGUAUUGUGUAGUAGUCGAGUGAGAUUUGGCGGCAGAGCUGUUGUAAUGUAGUCGAUUGUAGCCGUCACGAGCGUAGCCUCCCACGCAGGCGUUUUUAGGGGAGCUCGUUUUAGAUCCCUUCCCACAAACGCCUGCUUAACCGAAGACAACAUUCCUGGCUUAGCUUGGGAAAGGAAUGUUGUCUUCGGUUGAGCAGGCGUUUGUCGAGAGGGAUGAAAAACGAGCUCCCCUAAAAACGCCUGCGUGGGAGGCUCAUCACGAGCGGCGAAGCCGCGAGAAAUACCAUCCGCCUCGUCCCUACUCCCUUUUUUCUGGAACACGGCUCCGCCGCCAAAACUUUAAUCUCGUACCCACACAACACUGCCAACUACGCAGACUAUGUGGCCCACAGUUUCUGAGUUAUUUGCCGAAACAUUUCACGAACCUUCGUAGAUCUUUGUAUGGAGACGCCAUAUUGGUGGACAGAAAUGUCCAGCAAUAUGGCCGCCGGAAAUCAACAAAAACAUCUGGAGUUCACUUUUUCUAUAAAAGCUCUUUCUUUUCCCUCCAGAGCUAGCAUACGUGCGCAUAAACACAUCUCUUAAUACUUGAAAUGGUUAAAAUGCUGAAAAUCAAGAGGAGAGACUUUUUUCCAUGAGACAGCAUUCCUAUUUUGCCUGUCACGCACUGCGAAAACUGGGAAGUUCAUAUUGCUGUAUUUUCGAAACAAAACACGCUUCGGGGCUGGAAACUUGUACAAAGAUUUAUUUUCUAUUUAUCUUCAACCUAGUGUAAAGCAGGGGAAUUCGUAAAACCUGGCUUUUUUGACUUUGCAAUCUGAUGACGUCACUGUGAAAACCAUCAAUUAACAACAACUUUUAAGGAGUUAUACACGGUAAGGGUCGAGUGACAAUAUUAUUACUCUUUGAUUUGCAAAUUACACUGCCACGGUAUGAACUUCACUCCAAUAACUGAGUCUUAAGAUUUAUUUUAAAUCAAGAAUUGAUAGCAAUUUUUAAGGGCAAACUUGUUAAAAACCAUCGUGAAGUUUAACAAGCAUAGUUAUGCAAAUUUGCAUAAGUUCACUUUCAGUUAGCAUCUAUUGUUUACCGCUAACAAAGGAACGCGCGAAUAUUCAAGCGAAACGGAUUGAAAUGCCAUACUUCUCACUGGUUAUUUUGUAUCACUGCGCUUUGAUUUCCAGCGAUAAAGUCACUUGCAUUUGCUCGCCACCUCAGGAGCACAAACUGCUUACAGCAACUGACAAAGGAAACCACUUUUAAUUGGUUUUCCGAAACCGGUCUUGCACUUUAAACAGUUCUCAUCAGAACUCUAUGGCUACCAUUGACGAUAAUUUAGUCAUUACCAUGCUCGCCCAAAUGAGAAACAGCCUAGCGCCGCUUAUCUCACCAAUCGAGCCAACGCUGAACAGCAACUCUGAGGCCUACUCUGGGACCUUAAGUCGCCUAAAAUUACGGCGAUUUAAGGCGACUUCAGGAAAAUUUGGUCAAAAUGUUGUGCGAAUUUGGACGACUUAAGGAGAAAAAGGUGAAAAUGUUGCAGUUCAUUUUUUAUUUCAGUUAACUUUUGGUUUUCCUUUGUUUUAAAUUCAUUAGCAUACAUAACCAUACACAGAAACAAUGGAAAAAUCAAAAUUAACUGAAAUAAAAAUUAACUACAACAUAUACAAAAUUGAAAUCUGCUGAUAACACUAUCUCUCUAGGGACACAAAUUUAUGUCAUAGCAUAAGUUAAUUCAGUCUUGAAGACAUCUACAUUAGUCUUCCAAAUUUUCAACAAUCUCAGCUACCUAAUAUUUUGAACAUUAUAUAUCAAGGUAGCUUUUGUGCUUGUGCUGCAGAUGUAUUCUAACCCUGGUUAGUAACAUUUACGAAGCAGCAGUAAUAUUCUUGUUCUGGGCUCCAACGUACUCAAAUAAUUACCGGCAUUUUGAUUUUCCCUUCAACAUGAUUGGCAAAUGGACAAUGACAUUUUUGACAGUCCAGUCCUGGCAUGUACUCAAAUCCUGAUACACACACGGGGGGACCAGAACUAGGAUUGUGCCGCUGUUUUGCAGACAGACUUAACCCAGAGUUUAGUUCCAUCUGUGGCACAGGCUAAUAUCAAGGGUGCAGUUUAGUGUUACAUUAGCAGAGACAAAAUCUGAGUUAGAAGCAACCAAAAGGGUAAAUUUUCUGUUAGCAAUUAAAUGCAUUAUUUCACAAUAUAAGGGACAAUAAAUCAAUGGUUCCUGCAUUUCUUUUUCCAAAAAAUAAAACCCUAAAAGUACAUGCAGUAUUUCAAUACAUCUCUGUAAAAUACUGUAAGCUGGUUUGUAGCAAAAACUUUAUAUUGAAGUGUCUUUUUCUUCAUAAUUUGACAACAAACAUUGAAGUAAUAAAAUUUAAAACAUCUAAAAUCACUUAUCGAUAUCGCACACAUUAUGGAAAUGACGAUCCCCAUUGUAUGUCUUGGCAGUUGCUCUGCCAAUGUUUGUCCUCACACGUUUAGCUAAGAGGGUUUUUCUCCAAUUGAAUUCAAAGUAUAAAGUUGGUAUAUAGUUCUCAGCUCGCCGUAUAUAGAGCUAUUUUGAGAAAUGUUGUCUGAUAAAGUGCACGCGACAACCCCGAAGGGUAUUGUGGGUAGUUUUGAGUUCACUGUUCUUCAAAGAAUUUGAAAGAAUGGCAGGAGAGGCGAUGGACAUAUGUCUUUGAGUGUUAAAGGAAAGCAACAAAAGUAGGGUCGACAGCUACAGUGCCAGGAGCAGUGUAUUGCGCAUAUCCCAUAUUACCUUUCGGGAUUGUCGCGUGCCCAUCUUUUUCCGACAACCUUUCUAGAAUUAGCUGUAUUUGCUCCUUUCCUGUCUAAGUCAAACAAAACACUUCCAAAUACUUGCUUGGCUAGUGAACCGUACUCUCUUCCCAUGGUCUCUUUGGAAACUUUCCAGCUGGGUUGAUUUCAUGGGUGCAUUUAUGCACCAGCAGAAACAACUAAGCUUAGCCUCAACCAAUCUCACUCUGUUCCACGCGGCAUCGUUUACGCUCUCAGCACAAAAGGAAACAUUAUGUGUCCGGUUUAAACCGAUGGCAGUACCAAGUGUAAACGUUUUCAUUAUUAUCUCCGAAAUUUCCAUUUAAAAGGAGAUUCUUCUUCGCAACGUACAAUUGACAAUAACAAGAGCGCAUUUCUAUCCGCCAUUUUGCUUCUCCAAGAAUUCCACUGCAGUCGCAAGAUAAUUUCCAUCGUUUCUCGGUCGCGCCCUCUCCCCGCCUCCAUACCAGUUAGUAACAUGACCAAAACAGGCGGCCAUAACGUUGAGGAAAGAGCUGUUUAUUUCGCUUUUCUACUUUCUUCAUCAUCAAUAAUGGUCGAUUACAUCAAACCGUUUGGCAGGGAGUAAUCUCGACAACAUCAACGAAGCGCAGUUUUACGCACCUUCGAUGUACAAAGCUUGAAUUUCUGUUUGGAAGGGAAGACCUCAAGAGACGACUGUACAAGCUAAGCUAAUAAAGUGUUCAAGUUUAUAAGAGUGAUUGUGUUUCUGUCAAUGAUAGAUGGAUAUAAUUCGACGGUAAAUACAGAUCAGAGGUUGUGUGCUGGAGAAAUAACUUAUAAUUGGUUGCUCUUAAAAUUUGGGUCGGUAAUUUACAUGGACAUUUUUUUCGAUAGACCUUUAGGUUUGUAUUAACUUGUUUGCCCUACUUACCAGAAAUUUUAAUGUUGUGGCGGCAAAAAUUGUUUUUUUUUCCUCCCUGCAACCUACCUGUUUUGAUCUUAGUUACUUGGAAUGUGUUUCAAUGUUGGACUCUCACAAAGCAGUAGAAAAGAGACUUACUUUUUUAAUUAUAGUUUGUUCUGGGUGCAAAGAAAGACAGCUUUACAGCUUGUUAUUCCGGCAAGCUGUACCUAGCAUGCACUAGUCUGAAAGCCAUUUUGACUAGCCCCAAUUUUUUUAUGAACUGGAUUGAUUACAGUUCUUCGGUAAUAUGAAUUCCCUAAGUCAUUCCUGCCCGUCAGUGCGUGUAUCUGUUGUGGUGCAAUUUUACCCUUGUUUAAAAUCUUAUUUUCUUUUCUUUCAAAAUCAUUAUCAUACAUUACCAUACCCAAAAAGGAAAGAAAAGGAAAUUUAAACCGAGAAUAAAACUAAACUACAACAUAUCGAUAAGCCUAUUUGACAUUUAUUUCAGAUAAAAAUAAUUAAGAAUUUCACGUUUCGGUUUCAACUGUUCAUCAAUCUGUGUACCUGUAAAUCCAUGAAAAAAUCAAGCAAACAUAAUUUUUGACAAUAGAUAUCCCGUCUUCAAGGAUUUGUUUCAAUUUUUGAUGAAUGUGUGAAUCUACCCCUAUUGAAGUAUGUUCUGAUUCUUCAACAUAUAAUUUAGGCUUCAACAUCGAUAUCGGCUUACUUUAGACAUUCCUUGCGUUUUUAGGUGAAAUCAAAUUUCCCAUAAAACUAAUAAGACCCGAAUAAAUUCUUUUUGGAGCCAAAGCGUUUUCAAUUCCCGGCUCAAGAAAGGAUUUCCUUUCUAUUUUUUGUUGGGUUUUGCCCUACAUUUGGUCCGGUUACUCGUGAGGUCUCCACAAAGAACGUGCAAGGUGAUGGUAAGCUUUGUGAUGAGAUCAAACCUUCUGCUUCAGUCGCUAAGGAGUUACAAAAAAAAGUGACACAAGCAGAAGUCUGGAAAAGGGAAAAUCUUUCGUUAAUUAUAUUCUGUCUCCACUAGCGAUGAGCCGCUGUUUUUUAAUUAUUUUUGUUUUCUUUUUUUUCGCUGCUUGCAAAUUUAAUUCGGUCUCAUAUAUGCAUACUGGUCAUAUUGACUUUAUCGUUGAUGUAGCAAAGGACUAACUAAGCGAAACAUGUUACACCAACAACUGUGGUCACUCUAUAACGUUUUUUCGACAGAAAAUUAAACAUAAAUACAUCAAUAAACAAUAAACAACAUGAAAAGAAUGAAUUCGAAAAUUCGAAGCAGUACCUUUCAUUUCGCUGGCAGAAAAAAUGAUAGUCAGUGAUUUUGAUUGUACACUCAUUUUUUCAGCAGAUCCACUUUUGACAGAAGAGCUGCUAUUCAACGCUUCCCUAAAUUUAGGGUCAAUACACCGUCUACGAAAAGAACUUAACACAGCCGAACAUUUUUACAAAAAGGCCAUGGAAUCUGCCACCCUCAUGAAAGACCUUGACAGAGAGAUGCUUGCUAAAAUACAUCUGGCGCUCUGUUUGUUAGAUCGUGGAGAGUUAAAAGAAGCCAUGGAAAACUACUUCAAAGAGCUUAUGAUUUCCAAAUCCAACAUGAGCAACUACACAAAAACACUUUUUCUUCAGUAUUAUGGUAACGCCUGCAGAUCCGCUGCAGACUGGGGACGAGCUAAAGAAUACCUUCGUGAAGCUUUGCACUUAGCAAAACAAUUGAAGGACGCUGGGCUUGUGUCAAGUUGCUGUGGGGAUCUUGGUAACGUCUUUAGAUCUGAAGGAAGGUAAUCAUUCAGUCGUGUUGAUAUUUAUAGUUAACGCUUUUUACCUUCUCCUAACCCGCAGUUGCUUCAUUUGGCAACAUUACAGCUCCCUGUCCCCCUUCCAUACCUCGACCGAUCAUCACCGUCACCGUCAUCAACUGAAAUACCCUCUGACAAAACCAAUAUGCGCAAUGAACGAAUGAAUGAGUCAAUGAAUGAAUAAAUGAAACUUAACGUGUCUGUAAGAUGUAGCUGAGGGGAAAUGCCCCCUCUACUAAUUGAGGAAUUAUAACUAACAUCGAGGUCUAUGAAUGAAAAUUAUAUGAUGGUUGCGUUCGACGAUAAGAGAACGGAACUCCUAAUGUUAGCAGCUAAGUCUCUUACGGUCGGAGAUUUAUCGAAAUAUGUCUUUUUGUAGGUACUGGGAUGCAGAGCAACUUCAUGGAACACAUUGCAACAUUGCUCUAAAGAGAGGAGAUAUACAUGGCCUUGCCAUCGCUUGCGGUAAUAUCGGUUUCUUGAAAUUUUAUAAUCCCCAAGAGGCCGACGCUUCUGUGGUUUAUCAGUUCAUUGAAUACUCGCUAGCAGGACAGCUUGGUGAUUUUGCAAGAAUGGGAAUAGCCUUCAACAAAAUUGGCAAGCUGUACACGACGUUAGGGUAUGGCAUCUGUUCUUCCUAAGUCUUCAUUAUUAUAAAACAGGACCAUGAUAGUUAUCCUUCACUUUUUUACAGCAAACCCCACUCAUCACAAAACAAAACUAACCAACUAACAGAAACAAUAAAAAGCAAAAACAAGAACACAACGGAAAGAAAAAACAACAACAACAACACCAAAACAAAAAAAAGGAAAAAACAAAACUCAGAAUUCAUUUUACCAGCAUGUAUUUAUUUUACUUUUUGUCCACUGAUACACCGAAAUUUGCACAUGUGCUAUGAUAUAUCGGUGAAGAUCAAACAUUUACUUUUGGCGCCAGGAACAUGAACGGAAACUAAGAGUUGCGGCUCACCUGAUUAUUCAAAAUAUAUGAGAAAAAGUGGCGCAUGGUUAAUUUCUUUAAAUGUAGAUUUAUAUUUCUUAUUAUUAUUAUGUAGAUUUAUAUGUACAUGCUGUUUCUUUUUUAAAAUUAUUAUUUUCUUAACAGUUAUUACGACCCAGCCACAGAGUUGUUUCAAGUCGCUCUUGAUACAGCACGGAAAGCUGGGAAUGUUGCCGGUGAGGGAAUGGCCUGGGGAAAUCUUGGCAACGUAUAUAGAGCAUUAGCACAGUUUGAAAAAGCAAUUGAAUGUCUAAACUUCAUGGCUCUAUUACGAGUUUCUGCAGACCUGCAGCCACCCCACCGAUAGUACGUUGUAGUUGAACGGUACCUAAUAAAAGAGUCACCUUUAAAUGGUCUUCGCCUUUUUAGUUAGUAGCUACGAUUUCAAACUUUGGAGUCGAUACGCUCCCAGAUUGGAAAGGAAGAUCAGUCAAAGCUUUCUAACUUUGAAAAGAACCAAGGAGAUGCUUGUAACUUGUUGCAAAUGGUGUUAGUGGCUCAGAAGAAGUAUAAAGAGGCGUUUGUAUUUGCUGAUGCCAGUCGCGGAAGAGCACUAGCCGAAAUUGUUCGGAAUCGGCUAUGGGGCUCCAUUUCCUCACUAACAGAUAUAAACUGCCUGCGUGAAGAGUUUACUACUCAGUCAUUCCAAAGUCUUCUGCAAGUUAGCCGCAAGCUUUCUACGGCCUUGGUCAUGUAUUCUUUGGUUAAGGAAUUUGAUCGCACUGGAGCAAUCUUCAAUUGGGUGUAUGCUUGGGUGUUACACCCGACGGGGAGUUUAGAUUUCAGCAAAACUCCUCUCCAAAGUGGAACAGAUUUUAAGGUUGAAGUAAACGAUGAAUUUAUUUUUAAACUUAGGAGCUCAAUGGCUCAACAAUCUCAACGGGAAGAGCUUAGUCAGUUUAUGUCAUGCAAGAAUACACUUCAUUUGCCUUUAGAUGGACAACAAGUGCAGCCUAGAACCAAUAUUCAAACUGAUGAGGUGCUAGAAUCACUUAGGGGACUUGACCUGUUUCCAGGGUUCAAAUGUGAAUCUAAAGACAAUGGUAAUUCGUUCUUCUACCACCCUCAAUGGGAUUGUCCGGCUGAUCGUAAAACAGACUCUGAAACGGAGAAGGGUAGGCAAGAUCCCCUGCAAUCAAGUUGUAAUAACGAUUUGGAAGGCAAUCAUCCUGGAUCUGAUCACACAGAUUUGAAUUCUGGUGAAACAAGCCAAAAGUCUUGCACCACUCAAAGUGAAACCAAAGCUCAAAAAGGCCAAAAUGUUGCAGCUUUCUUGACUCGGGGCAACGACGAUCCACCACCAACGACGCAGGAAACCCGUAAUGACCUCAAUAACGACCCUGUUUUGGCACCAUGGCAGCCAAUGCUUUGUCAGCUGUACAAAAUACUUAUAGCCCCUAUUGCAAACGUUCUUCCGCGAGAGGAUAAAAAGACACGAAUUAUUUUCAUUCCUCAGGAUUUCUUGCUGAAAGUUCCCUUUGCUGCCCUGCGGGAAGACGCAAAUCAUCCAUAUUUAAUGGAAAACUAUGUCAUUUCAACCAGCCCGUCAAUCCAUUUGCUUGAACUAAGCAGUGCAAUUUGCAAGAGCUCUGAAGACAACGCGUCUUUAGAGUUAAGCCUUCUGGCCGUCGGAAACCCCAAAAUGCCCUUUGAAAGGUAUUUGCAGCUUCCCUUUGCUGAACGCGAAGUACACCUCAUUAGCAAGAUAAUAAAUUCAGAAGCUUCAGAUGUGUUAACGGGAGAAAAGGCCACGAAGAGGAAUGUGGUAGCAGCCAUGCCUAAGCAUAAAAUUUUGCACUUUGCAACUCACGCUGUUGUCGAAAACGCGGAUUCCCACGGUGAUUUUAGCAUGCCAGGCUUUAUCGUCCUGGCGAAGUCCGACAGUAACUGCGAUGGUAUUCUCAAGGCUGAAGAAGUAAGAGAGAUGAAACUCAACGCCGAGCUGGUUGUACUCAGUUGCUGUGAAACUGGGUUGGGUAAAGUGACAGGAGACGGCAUAUUGGGUGAGCUAUUACGGUUAAUUUCAUUAUUAUUUAUAUAAUUUUAAGUACAAUUUAUCAUGCUAUUACAGCAAGGAGCCCAAAAGUUUGACCUCCUUUAAUUAACUCACAUUUUUCCAUCCAGACAUUAACCAAUCAGAGGUCGAGGACAGUCUCCAGCUGGCUCCUGACUGGAUUAAAUCUGUACGAAAGAAUGUGAAUAAAUCAAAAGCGGUCACACUUUUGGGCUCCUUGCUGUAAUCAAGACUGUUUCAAGUGUCAUUUUUAAUGUAAAUACGGAAUUCACUCCAUCGGAUUUUUUCUGGCACUCAAUUGGCCACCUGGAAUGUCUGUUUACAUAUUCAUAAGAGUAAUAAAUCAAAUAAAACAGUUUCUACUUGAGAUCACCCCUUUUCUGUCGAGAGAUCGAGGGCCUCUCAUAAUCAAAGCGUCCAUGUUAAACAAUUUUUUCCCUGUUAUAAGCGCUAUGAGUAUCUUGCCAGUGACUGCCAUUACUUUUGGAGUCAGCGGUUUCAGUUGAAACUCGAAUACAUGUCAAGUGGUCCAAUCUCCUGUGAGCAGGCUCACUGAACACAGUACUCAUGAAGCAAACCCUUAGUUACAAUAAUUUUCGAGCAGUUUAUCUUAAGAACCUAAAACGUUUGCUUAUUUGGAUGAGCACUGCCUCGUUGCCAUGGUAACCCGACAGUCUAAAAAGAAGGAUUCAAACUUUGAUUGUGCUUAUUUAUGUUAAACUCUAUCGCUAGAAAUCGGGGGAAACAGGUCUCACAAAUGUAUACGCGUAAAACAAAAAUAAGGGAUACAAUGACUAAAACAGUACUGUGUCUGUUUCAAUGCAGUUAGGAACAUCUAAUCUUAAUAUGAAUAUCUAUAUAAAGGAAAUUGAACAUCUUUAUAUACUCUCAAGAAAAAUUGUGCCUUGAAAAUCAGUUUUCUUCCUUUCGCUGAAAACGAAUUAAACGAAAAAUAUAACCCACCACCCCACAAGCGUGACCCAUACUCUCUUGUCACCUAGUUAAGAAACCUUUUCUAAAAAUGUGUGACUAAUAGACGCGAGUCGCGGGUUUUAUGUCGCGGGUGUAGUUGGGAAGUCGUGGGUGAGGGUUGGAUGUCGCAGGUGGGAAAAAUUUAAGUUACAGAAUUCUAAUUUGAAUUCAAGCAAAAUCAUUUUACCCACCCGCAACAACAAAAUCCGCACCCGCGAAUUCUAACCCGCACCCUUGACAUACAACCUGCGACCCCGAACGGCGACACGCUACCAUUAUUCAAACUCCUUCUGAGAACAUUCCAGGUUAAACGUUCUCUUGAUCCAUUCUAAAAUACUGUCUUCUGUUUGAAGGUCUCGCACGCGCGUUUCUAGCAUCAGGUGCAGCUUGUGUGAUUACAACCCUAUGGAAAAUUGACGAUCAAUCCGCCUCUGAACUCAUGGCAGCAUUCUACCAAGAAUAUAAGUCUUCCCGUGAUGCAGCGUCAUCGCUACAGAGAGCCAUGAAUAUUCUGCAAUCAAAGGAUGACACCAAAAGUCCUCAGCACUGGGGCGCUUUCUCCAUAGUUGGCACUACUGGAUUUGGAAGUGGCUCGGGAUGA